CGGAAGUCUACCUGUGCAGGUGCUCUUCGAAGUUAUUUCGUUUUAAAAUUGACAAUCUCUGACCAAGGCCAUAAAAUUCAGGCUUCAGGGUCGAAUUAGGUUGGAUGGCUACACAUGGAAGAACCUUGCGGAGGCAGGACAGUUUCCAUUUUUGGUGGCGAGAGGUAAAGAAGCGUCUAGUUCAACAGAAGUCUGAUCCGAUUUGUUGACAUAAGAGAUAGGAUGGUGCGAGGUACCCUAGGUGUCCAGAGUUGGAAUCUCCAACCAAAGAAAAACUGUUUAUAUCAAAAGUAAUGCUGAAAAUCGAAUAUGUCCAGGCUCCAUGUACGCCUUCAGAUUCAGUUCCCUUAUGUCAAAGUUCUUAUUUUGGGGAUUGUGAUAUCACUCCUCGGAUUGGGUGAAGUGGUCAUUGGUGUUUUAGCUUUCACCCAUAAAAUAUGGGGACAUUAUCUUGGAACAGGAUUAUGGUGUGGAGUGGUUAUCUUCGUGUCUGGAAUAUGUGCAAUAAGUGCUUCCCAGAUAAGGGCACCCUUAAGUGCAAAGAUCUACUUUGCUACAGCAAUCGUUGGAGUGAUUGUGUCGUUUGUGAUGGUUAUUCUUUCGUCGGGUGGACUUGAUUAUGACAGCAACUUUUAUCAUUUUGGAAGUUUUAGGCCGGAAACACAACUCAAGAAGCAUAAUUCUACUAUCAUGGUCCAUGGUUUGGCACUAGGAUUCAGUAUUUUUAGUUUUCUUGCAAACAUCAUAUCUGUUAUCAUCUGCUUGAAGUAUGUCAUAUUUGACAAGAAGAUCAAGUAUACAACUGAGAGAACAUCCAGAAAAGCACCAAAUUCACUUCAAAGAAACGUUUUACGAGGAGGUGCAACAGAUGCUAGAUCCAGCACAAGCAGUAGGGCACCACUGGCUGAACGAUCUUCACGUAGAAGUCAUUCCCGAAGAGAAAGUGACCAUGGAAGCAGACGUGAGGCAGAGGAGUUUCUACCAGGUGGAUCCCGAUCUGAUUCAUCACGACGAAACAAAGAGAGAAGACAUCGUAGUCAAAGAGGAGAAGAACGAAGACACAGAGGAGAGCAUGAUACUCCUCGUGAUAACUCUAGAAGGAAUGAACGAUCUCGAAAUCAGAGAAAUGAAAUACCAGUUCCAGUUCAAGUUGAACGGAUGACUAUAUAUGAUGGUGUGACAGAAGCUGAUGUUGUUCAUAAUGAUCUGUUACCUACAGACUUUGAUGAAGAGGAAUUACCACCAUAUGAAGAAGCUAUCCGGGACACCUAUGUGCAAGUUUCUGAUAUCAAUAAUCAAGUUCUUUCUAUCAAUGCUCACAAUGACUCAAUGAGAGCCAACAUGGGAGACCAGGUAGUUACAUGUGAUAUUGAUGAGGAUAAGAUUUAUCAGAAUGUCAACUGCAGUGAUGAUGAGAAUGAAAUUCAUCAAAGUGCACCUGUUAUUGAACCUGAAGUAACUGUUCAUACUGGAUCAACUAGAGAAAGGAGCACACCACUUGUGGAAGGGAAUAAUAUUAAUUUCAACACAUCAACAGUUGCUCCAAGAAACAAAUCUAGUACUCAAGUGAAAUAUUUCCAAGAGCAAAAUCAGAAGAAGGAUAAUGAUGAAAUUGAGCUUUAUGUCAAUCAGAGUGUUAUCCCUAAGCAAAAUAAAGGGAGUGGGAGGCCUAGAGGUGAAAGAGAUGCGUCCAACAUUCGAACCCAUCACAAAGCAUCCUCAUUCUCUUCCUCUGGUCUCUGUGAUCAGGUUAGUGACAAUGGUCCUCAUGCCAGAAGAUGCAUAUCAGCUGGCCAUUCUAGCUCCCUACCUCCUGGUAUCCCUCCCCCAAAACCACCUAGAUUCUACUCCGAUCUUCAGGAUAUUUUGGACAGUUCAAGAUCGGACUCGAGUCUAGAAAGAAGUGGUCUUCGAGGAGUCACUAGUGAUAAAACUUACAUGAAUGUUGAUGAUGUUAAUACAUACUCACAUCGCAAUAUUUCACCCAAACUGAAUGGACCAAAACUUAACAUGAUGAAGGAUUUGGAUUCUGGUCGAAAUAAAAACUCUCGUUAUAAGGCGGAUUAUAUUCAGCUUCAAAUUCGACAGGAACCAGAAGGAAGUAGUGGUCUUGGUGGCAAGGAAGGGUUUACAUCUGCUGCAGCAACGUCCAAAAUGGGAGGCAGGUUUGAAGGAGUUCUUGCUCAUUCCUCUCCUAGACAAUCACCUGUAACCAGAAAUGUGAAAUCUUUUACUAGUAAUCUCCCUACUGAGAAAGUAAGGUCCAGUGAACCACCAAAGAACCUUGGCAUAAUGUCCGCAUUGGAGAUGAAAGGAAAGACCGUGUCAGAUUCAAAUACUCAAAUUGCAAGCACUGCUACAAAACAGAGGUCAAGUGGUGAUUCUGCUGAAGGAAAAGAAUCACCAGCUAGUCCAUCCUCGCUGAACAGUGUAGACAUGUCGGGAUUCUCUCCGGUCAGGUUUGCUUCACCAACGUCAGCGUUUAAACCGUACAAACGUGGGGACUCGGCUACAAGCUCAGGGGUAACCUCUCCCACAUCAGACACUGAUUUAAUGGACUCCCCUUCAAGGAUGCCCGAAGUAUCAGCCACCUUGCCUCAUACAUCCAGCAACAAAGCUGUACAAAGACAGUCAUCUUGGAAGGACUUCAUGCUCCCAUCUCCUCACAACAAAUCGGAUCAAAAUCAUUCAUCAAGCACAAGUACAGACACAAAGAAAACCUCAGCUCUCACACAACCAAUGAAACACAGCAGUCCAACGCCCAUGUCUAUGAACACAUUCCCUAGACAAGCUCAGCCCACCCUUAGAAUUUCUCCCUUGUCCUUAGUGAGGAAUAUUGGCUCCACGGGAACAAGCACGGCCAUGACCACUACUGCUGCCAGAGAAGCUGUAACUGCUAGUGCGUUUCCAAGUGUGUUUUCAAGUGGUAAGGGUAAUAUAGUUAUGCCAACAUCAUCAGCCUCAAAUCCGAGGAACGUGUCAACCUCAUCAUCCAGUGUGACAUCCGGAUCUUCCAAUCCAAAUAUGGGUCGGAACAGUGGUUCCAGUCUGAAUCCUUCGCACAGCAGUCCAUGGUCUGCUCGAGAUGCCUCCAGCAGCAGCAGCAGCAGUCUGUUCCGACCUUCCAGUAGCUACACUACUGCCGACAGAAACAAUACAAUGCCUCAUAGUUUUUUGCGUCCAAGUAUUAGUGCAGUUGCACCAAACAUUAGCAAUGGCAACUCUAAUGUGCAUCCAAGUGAAAGACCUCACAGAGCCCACGGCCAUGGUGGUUCUAGGGUUGAUGCUGGUGGGUACUCGGGGGCGAUGCCGCGAGUUCAACAUCCUGGGCCUUCUGGGGCCCGGGCACCAACUUCAACUGUCUCUUUCCACAGGGGUCAAGGCCCUUCACAGGGUCAGGGUCGUACACAGGGCCAAGGUCGCUUAGAUGCGGUUCCAAAUCAUGCUGUCAUUCAGGGCCAAGCGGCAUUGGUACAACUGCCACCUCAGGUACAAGCCAAUCCACAACAGGGACCACCUCAACAACAGCCACCCCAACAGCAGCAGCAACAGCAGGGAAAACCUCUGUUUUCUAUCAUUCUGUGAGAAAAUAUUGGAUAAAAUAAGGAAAUAUGUGUCACAUUGUGUGAAGGGAUUGUGUCUCAUUCAUCAAAGUGUUCAACAUGUCCAGGAUUGUGAAAACUUUAUAGUGUGUCAUGACAUCAAAUUAUGCUGCAAAUAGGACCAUUAGACUUCUAUUUAUGAAUUGUAGCGCAGUAGUGACCAUGUCCAGCAUAGCACAGGCUUUGUUCUUAAGCAGACAUGGAGAAUAUUUGUGUUACUGUCAUCAUGAUUAUUAUAGCACAGUGGUUGUGACUUAAACACUGCUUGGAAAACAAUAUAAACUUUCUAGAAUAUAUUAGAAGUGAGAAACAGUUUGUCCUGAAUAGAAUAAUUUAUUAUUUUUACGUAUAUAUUAAUGUUAAAAUCUGGCUGUCACUAGUGCAUUUAGUAUCAUGCAGUGGCAAUAAAGACAAAUUUCAUUUUUGUAGCUGAACUAAUAUUUGAAGUAUAGCCAUUUUAGUUUGCAAUAUACAGAGU